UUGAUGUAUCUAAGGGAGGCAUCUGGAGACUGAGGUGGCAUUUUUCACACUCCAUUCCCCCACCCCCUCCACCAGCCCUGAUUUUUAGAUAGCACCUCACAUCUGGAAUACCAGGUAGCUCUCGUGUGUGAGGGUUUUUUUAAUGAACAAGGAGCUUUUUUUUUAGUUUUGGCUUUUUUGUGUGUGUGUGAUUUGUUUCCUAAAGGAAUUUUUUAGCGCAUCUAUUUUUGGUGUGUGGGUGAAUGAAUGAGGAAAUUAUUUUGCUCUAUUGGACUAGCGUUUCUGUGGCAAGCAGGGUGCUACCGAAGAACGAGGGCAAGGGAAUCUUUCCUUCUGGGAGUAACAGUCCAUGGGCUGCGAGUAUAUGGAGAUUAAGAUUGUGAGAUUGAACGUGUCUGUGCAUUGCAGGACCUGAAACAUAACACAGGGGCCGGAUUGGAUUUAUUUCCCCAUUCCUCCACGAUUUCCGAACCUCACACCCUUUCCCCCCUCCCUCACUCCUCCCAACCGUACCCGUCUCCCAAAGUCACGGCCAGCUUCCUUUGCUGUUGAACACAAGGGAGUGAGGGCUAAUGUUCUCAAGCUCAGACAGUCCUCGGGAGGACCUGAUCUACGCCGAGCUGGAGAGGGAGGGAGAGACAGACAGAUAGCAAGACCGAGAGAAUCAGACACCGUUCAAUGGAAGAUCCAUGCUUGUGGCAAUGCAAGGGGGAGCCACUCUGAGGCUCCUAUCACCAUUGCUCAGCUCUCUAACAAACCCAAGAGCAAGCUCCUUCAGUAACCAGAAAGGGAUUAAACUCAAUGAAGAUGAGGCACAUGGGCAUACAGCUCCUGAAGAUUUUAUUAAUACUCGCGUCUCAUGUGGAUUGGGCGAAAGGAAUCUUGAAAAGCACCCCUACCUUGAACAUUGCCGUGAUCCUUGGUGGCACAUCCUGUGAGAUGGACAUCAAAGAUGUUUUGAACAAAGAUGAUUUCCAACAUUUGCCCAUUGAUCCCAAUGUGGUGCAGGUGACCGUCAAUGAGACUGACCCCAAGAGUAUCAUUACACGUGUGUGCGAUCUCAUGUCUGGGAUGAAAAUGCACGGUGUGGUUUUUGGUGAUGAUACGGAUCAUGAGUCCAUUGCAGAAAUUUUGGAUUUUAUUUCAGCUCAGACUAUGAUCCCAAUUCUUGGAAUACAUGGUGGUUCCUCGAUGAUAAUGGCUGACAAGGAUGAUUCAUCAAUGUUCUUCCAAUUUGGGCCAUCUAUUGAACAGCAGGCCUCAGUGAUGUUGAAUGUUAUGGAGGAGUAUGACUGGUAUAUAUUUUCUAUUGUAACAAGCUACUUCCCUGGAUACCAGGAAUUUAUCAAUAAGAUACGAAGCACCAUUGAAAACAGUUUCGUUGGUUGGGAGAUGGAGGAGGUUAUGUCUCUGGAUGUUUCAAUGGAUGAUGGUGAAUCCAAAAUCCAAAACCAACUGAAGAAGCUUCAGAGCCCUGUCAUCCUCCUCUUUUGCACCAAGGAUGAGGCUACCUACAUCUUUGAGGUGGCCGAGUCAGUCGGCCUCACUGGCUAUGGCUACAUCUGGAUUGUGCCAAGUACUGUGACAGGGAACACGGAUAUUAUUCUGCCUGAAUUCCCGACAGGAUUAAUUUCCGUUUCCUAUGACGAAUGGGAUUAUGGACUCCCAGCCAGGGUGAGGGAUGGAGUGGCCAUUAUCACCACAGCAGCCUCGACAAUGCUGGCUGAACGAAGGGAAAUCAUGGAACCCAAAACUAGCUGCUACAGCGUGCAGGAGAGAAGGGCUCAUCAAUCAAACACUUUGCACAGAUACCUUAUGAAUGUAAGCUUCGAGGGAAGAAACCUUUCCUUCAGUGAAGACGGGUACCAGAUGCAUCCCAAAUUAGUUAUUAUCUUACUCAACAAAGAGCGAGUCUGGGAGAAGGUUGGGAAAUGGGAGGCGAAGAGGCUGACGAUGAAAUACCAUGUCUGGCCCCGGUACUACUUGUUCUCAGAGUCGGAGGAGGAAGAUGACCACUUGAGCAUUGUCACGCUGGAAGAAGCACCAUUUGUCAUUGUGGAGGAUGUUGACUCGCUGAGUGGAACGUGCAUGAGGAACACAGUGCCCUGUCGGAAGCAAGUCAAAUCCACGAAUGAGACUGAAGCAGGAAUCUAUAUCAAGCGGUGCUGUAAAGGAUUUUGUAUUGACAUUUUGAAGAAAAUUGCAAAGUAUGUCAAGUUUACAUAUGAUUUAUAUCUGGUGACAAAUGGAAAACACGGGAAGAAAAUCAACGGGACAUGGAACGGCCUGGUUGGAGAAGUGGUAAGGAAGCAGGCACAGAUGGCUGUUGGCUCAUUAACCAUUAAUGAAGAACGAUCGGAGGUGGUGGACUUCUCAGUCCCUUUUAUAGAGACUGGGAUCAGUGUAAUGGUGUCUCGGAGUAAUGGAACUGUGUCACCCUCUGCUUUUCUGGAGCCAUUCAGUGCAGAUGUCUGGGUGAUGAUGUUCGUAAUGCUCCUGAUUGUCUCUGCUGUCGCAGUGUUUGUCUUUGAAUACUUCAGCCCUGUGGGAUACAACCGAUGUCUGGCUGAUGGAAGGGAACCAGGAGGGCCUUCUUUCACCAUCGGCAAAGCCAUCUGGCUGCUCUGGGGCCUUGUUUUCAACAACUCGGUGCCAGUCCAGAACCCAAAGGGAACCACAAGCAAGAUUAUGGUGUCAGUUUGGGCCUUCUUUGCUGUGAUCUUCUUGGCCAGUUACACAGCCAACCUUGCUGCAUUUAUGAUCCAAGAGGAAUAUGUGGACCAAGUAUCAGGCCUGAGCGAUAAAAAGUUUCAAAGACCAAAUGAUUUUUCUCCUCCUUUCCGGUUUGGGACUGUUCCCAAUGGAAGCACCGAGAGAAACAUCCGGAACAAUUACUUUGAGAUGCACAGCUACAUGACUAAGUACAACCAGAAGUCGGUUUUGGAUGCAUUAAUAAGCUUGAAGGCAGGGAAGCUGGAUGCUUUUAUCUAUGACGCGGCUGUGCUGAAUUACAUGGCUGGGAGAGAUGAAGGCUGCAAGCUUGUUACAAUCGGCAGUGGCAAGGUAUUCGCAACCACUGGUUAUGGCAUUGCCAUCCAGAAAAACAGCGGCUGGAAACGUCCAGUGGACCUUGCCAUCCUGCAGUUAUUUGGUGAUGGAGAUAUGGAGGAGCUAGAAGCCCUCUGGCUGACUGGCAUCUGCCAUAACGAGAAGAACGAGGUGAUGAGCAGCCAGUUGGAUGUCGAUAAUAUGGCAGGCGUGUUCUACAUGCUGGGUGCUGCAAUGACACUGAGUCUUGUCACGUUCAUCUGCGAACACCUCUUCUACUGGCAACUGCGGCAUUGCUUCAUGGGUGUCUGCACUGGCAAACCAGGUGUCAUGUUUUCAGUCAGCAGGGGUAUAUAUAGCUGCAUCCAUGGAGUUGCUAUUGAGGAUAACAAGUCUUGCAUGGAGUCCCCCACUGCCACGGUGAACGACACCCAUUCCAACAUUAUGCGGCUACUGCGGACGGCCAAGAGCAUGGCCAACCUGACUGGGGUCAACGGCACGCACUUUGGCUCUCCCCAGAGCGCUCUCGACUUCAUCGGCAGGGACCCCUCGGUCUUUGAUGUCUCUGAGCACCGGCGGAGCUUCACCCACUCGGACUGCAAAUCCUACCAGCCUGACGACAACCUCUUCAGCGAUUACAUCAGCGAGGUGGAGAGGACGUUUGGCAACCUCCACGCCAAGGACACCAACAGCAUCUACCAGGACCACUACCACCAUCACCGGCCGCACAGCAUUGCCAGCACCAGCUCGCUGGAUAUCCCGUACGAGUGUGACAAUGCCAUGUUUGGCACCCAGAGCCGAGCCCUGGCGAGGAAGCCCUUUGAGAUCGGCCUACCCCUGAAGCAUGCCCAGGGGCAGCUCAGUGACAGCUACGAGAGCCACAAGUAUUUGUUCAAGAAUGACCGCUACGCCCAUGAUGACCUGAUCCGAUCGGACGUCUCAGACAUCUCCACGCACACGGUGACCUACGGCAACAUCGGCAACACCAAGCGGCGAAAGCAGUACAAGGACAGCCUGAAGAAGAGGCCGGCGUCGGCCAAGUCGCGGAAGGAGUUCGAUGAGAUCGAGCUGGCGUACCGCCGCAAAGCGCACACCUCGGACCGGAAGGCGCGCUUCUUCAACAAGGACAAGCUCCGCGACUUCUACCGCGACCAGUUCCGGUGCAAGGAGAACGCCAGCUCGCGCUGGGAGCACGUGGACCUCAGCGACCUCUACCAGGGCCACGACGAUGACUUCGGCAAGCUCGAGGCGCCAGGCUCGCGCCUGAGCAGGCCCCGCACCGUGCACGUUGGCGAGUUCGCGCCGCCGGCCAAGGCCAGCCUGCACGCCUCGACGGUCGGCCUGUGGGACAAGAACGCCAGCGUGCCGGACUGGGACGAGCGCCAGGCGGACAGCUACUGCCACAACUGCCCCACCAAGCUGCACAACUACGGCGGCCAGAACGCAAACCGGGGCCCGUGCCUGUGGUGCGAGGCGUGCAAGAAGACCGCCACCCUGUACGACAUCAGCGAGGACAACUCGCUGCAGGAUGUGGACCAGGCCCUGGCCCCGGGAGCCGGCCUCGCCAAGUACCACCAGAGCCCCACCGACUCCACCAAGCUGCAGAGGCGCAACCGCAACAAGCUGCGGCGCCAACACUCCUACGACACCUUUGUGGAGCUGCAGAAGGAGGACAGUGUGGCGAUCACCCCGAGGAGCGUCAGCCUGAAGGAGAAGGACCGCUUCCUGGAGGGUAGCCCCUAUGCCCACAUGUUCGAAACGACCCCGGAGCCGGCCUUCGUCGGCAAGCCCACCGCCCCGGAACGCCACAACCUCGGCCGCUACACCUUGAGCAAAUCCCUCUAUCCCGACCGGGUCACCCAGAACCCCUUCAUCCCCACCUUCGGCGACGACCAGUGCCUGCUCCACGGCAGCAAAUCGCACUUCUUCAAACACCCGGCCAGUUCCAAAGCCCGCCUCGACUUCCACCCAUCGGCUAAGGCGGCAUCGUCCAUGCUCAACGCCAUCCCGGCCAGGUUUCAGAAGGAAAUGUGCACAGGAAGCCAGCCGACGGUGUGCAUAGCAAAUAACAAGACUCCCAGGGCUUUCAACGGGUCCAGCAACGGACACGUAUACGAGAAACUCUCCAGCAUUGAGUCUGAUGUCUGAACUCGCAGUCGCUCCUGCUUUUGAGGUGGGAGGUGGGGGAGCUGUCAUUUAGAAGUUUCCCGUUUGGGCGACACACUGGAGUUCCGGAUGGACCUGCUGUUUUUUCCCUAUGUUUUAAGUUUUUGAUCUUCAUACAAAACAUCACAGAACAUCGCUUUCUUUUCCCAUUGCAUUAUUAUGGGAGUGAAUCGGAUUCCAUGAUUUACAUUAUGUCUGGUCCAGUACAAGAUGACAAAAUUCUAAAUGCAUGUCAUUUGUAUCAAGUUACAUCGGGUGAUGCAUCUUUGUGUAGGGGGUGAUGAUUAAUAUAGUAAAUAUUAAUAUCAGUGCCAAUACUGUACAGUUAAAACCUGGAUUAACCCGUUUGCCACUGAAGACUCAAUAUGGCUUCAUUCUGAAUGCCUCCAUGGUUCUGGGAAAGUUGCACGAUGUGGACAUGGCUUCUAGUAAAAGCAAUGUCAGAUCGGUGGCGUGUAUGUGUGCGUGUGUUAGGGUGCAUGUGUAAGUGCGUCUCCAGUCAUGGACGUGUGUGUGUGAAUACAUGUAUGUGCUCUCCAGGGACAGCCUGUGCUAACAAUGUCAGGUCUUCAUAUUGGUGAUAUAGAGUGACAUCGCAGACCCAGCCAUGUUACUGAGUUAGUGAUGUCACCGUGUGGAUGACAUCACAACGAAUGUGAUGUUGCUGAACCUGUGAUGUCACACUGACUGUUGGCAAGCUGACUGAUGUCACCAUGUAAGUGACAUCACGAUGGCAGCAAUAUCACAAUUAUUAUGAUGUCAGUGUGCCAAUUAUGUCAAUCUCAGUGACAUCACAAUGAUGGUGAUGUCAGUGUGUCAAUGAUGUCGCAGUUUUAGCAACAUAGUGUGUUUCAAGAAGUCAAUGAUUUUAAAGUCUUUGAAAUUGUGUUGAGGCCAGUUUUUUAAGGCCUGUGGCUAUUGAAUGCAUAUUGUAAUUAUAACCACCGCGAUAAUCACGCCUACAAAUAAGGGUGAAUCUUCAAUCCAGGUGCAGCCUCUAUUUAGUAACACAGGGAAAACAAUUUUAUUCCAUCAUGGUGAGUGAUAAUGUUAAUGUCCAACAAAGUUAUUGUCAGACUGGAAGGGACUCUAAUGACUCAUAAUUAAAUGAUCACUUACUGUGUCCUCGCAGGUCUUUCUAUGACGGAACGCUGCUAUCUGUCAGUUAGCAUAAUGAUGGUCUCUUCUCAUUCCAUGGGUCUAGAUGAUAAUUUCACUGCACCAGUGCCUCGUGAUGUGAAGUUUCAUUGCAAAAAGAAUGAAACAUGAUAUUGCACUACAAUCUAGUAGUAUUUGAUAUUUCUGAUCAGGAAUUAGCAGACUAUUGCUGUGCGGAUGAUGUUUCAGUGAUGCUUAUCACUAGUGGGAAAGACUAACUAUCUUUUGUAUCCGCAAAUGAGCAUUCAGCAGCAUACCAUCAUGAGUGUGGUGGUCUGCAUUUAAUCGAUGCAUGUUUCUUUCCUUAGUUAAAAGGCGCUCCCUCACUCCCAACUAUAGCAUAUAAUCUGAGUGCAAUGUAUGAUUUUUAAACAUUGAAUAAACUAUGCUAAUAGAGACAAAUCUCGAUCUGACUAUUCAGUAGCUCCCAUUCUACCCAAGCUUACUGCAGGGCCUCAAGGAUCAGUGGUAGCUGGUUAGAUCUGUCCUGCUGGUAAAAGCUAAGUGGAGGUUAGUGAAGUCUGCUAAUAUCGUCUAGGAAGGGGAGUCUUUGGCUACACUGUGUUAGUUCUGUCCUAGCUGAGACACCAUUUAAAACCUGUCAUCUUUUGUUUUUUGACAUGGAUGGUGUUGAGAACACAGUGUUAAAUUGAAAAGAAUACCAGAAUACCAUCACAGUGUUGACAGACAAGAAGUCACAAGUGGUGCUGGGUUAAAUAUUCUCGGAGGUUUUAACUCUAAAAGUGAUAACUCAGUGUUAUUCAUUAUUGUUAUGGAGAUGUGAGCAGUCUUUUCAAUUUACAAUUUAUAAAGUACCCUUUUUCUCCUCUCCCAUUGACUGAUGGACAGCAGAAGUACCUGGAAUACAAACAACUUGCAUUAGCCAUAGAGUUCCCUUAGAUUCACAAAUAAUCACUCAGUUUUAUAUUGAGAUGUGCCCAUUCUUGGAUUUGUCACCAACUAGUGUGCAGUAGACUGUGGAAGCACAGUGUUAACCUUGGCUCAGUGGAUAAUGCUCUCACUUUGGCAGAGAGGGGCUAGCUGUGUUGUUGUUGCAGAGGACCAGCAUUGAAAUGACAGCCCAGUUGACCUUCAGCUUGAAUGUAUGAAAUAUAGCCAUCUGUUAGUCAAUUCCCAGACUGAGAAGACCACAGAUUUCAUCUUCAGUCUGCGGGGACCAUGUUGAUCUUAGUUAGAGCUACCCUGUGAGGCUGGAAAUAUGGGAUGCAGAGGCCAAUGAACUUUCCGGGCAUGGACAUGACAGAUCCCGUGGUGUAUCACUUUCUGCUUCUGGAUGAACAGCUAGAACUGAAAUGCUCUGAAGUGAUUGUAAUGGAGAACAGGCAACUUGGUUCUGUUCUGUUAAAUCUGCUGUUUUCAAACAUAAAUUUCAGGGAGAUGCAGCUGGGAGGGGGUUAUGAUUGUAAAUUCAAUGUGAAUUUAUGGAAGAAUUUUUAAAUCCAAUCCCUGCUAGGCUGGAUUCCAACCCAAAAGGACUGGGGCAUGAUCCAACAGGACUGACCUCCACGACCGCCAACUGGGUCAUGCACCCCCUUCCCCACUGACAGGACCAAGAAGACUGGUUGCCCAGUUUACCUUUCCUUUAAGAUAGAAUUGCCUGAUAAUUUAAUUUGGUUGAUGAAUUCGGUUGAUUAGUAUAGCCAUAACCUGGCAGUGGGUACAACCCAUCAUGAAGCAUGUUGUCAAAGGACCCUGGCGAUGCUUAGCGCCAUCUUGUGUCAAAUGGAGUGUGAUGCCACUACAGGCUACAAUGGGCUCCAUUUUGUUGUGUCUGAACUGCUGUAUAUUACUAAUAUGGCUACUGAUGCCUGUUAAGGAAUAAAUGGUGUGAAAUGGUUUCAGGGACUGUGUAAUUGUGAGGAGGGGUUUCAGCAAUGAUGUGAUAAAUAUGGCUGUCUCAGUGUGUGGGAGUGUCUGUCACCAUUGUUACAGGUGGAACACAAGCCUCCUCUUGAAUACAGUGUCUCAUCACCAUAAUGUAAAAGGUUGGAUCCCAUUGCAACGUAUGGUCUAGAGGCUGGUGGAGUUAAGGGGGUAUUGGAAAUUCUUAACAGCUUGGAGAUUUUGGAUGGUGGUGAUGG